CACGCUAGCACCAUGAGCGGGCUUCUCAAGAGGAAGUUCGAGGAAGUGGGCGAGGACCCGUGCUACUCCUCACCCUCGCCUUCCUCGCUCUCAUCGGCCUGCUCUGCUUGGGACUCGGAGGGCGAGAGUUGCUACUCGGACACCCUGGAUUCCACCCCCAGCAAUCCCGGCUCCCCAGCAACGCAUUUCAACACAACAUCCAUCCUCAAGAAAUCCAAGCGUGCUCGCCGGAGUAAUGUCACCUUCGACCAGGUGACGGUCUUCUUCUUUCCGCGGUGCCAGGGCUUCACCAGUGUGCCCAGCCGAGGGGGAUGCACCCUGGGCAUGACGCCCCGGCACAGCGCCCACCGCACGUACACGCUGACUGAGUUCGCCGCGGAGCAGCGGUUACUACGCCGGGAGAAGCUCCUCAACCGACUGCGGGAAGAGAAGCUGGAGGCUCUUAAAUUAAAGCUUACCAAGAACGGAACCCAGGAUAGCGAAGAAGCCGAGCGGCUGACGGUGGACGAUAUUCCCGAACGGGACGUGGACAUGAGCGGCGCCAAUUUCGAGGAGGGCUCCUUCCUCCAGCCGUACCCGUCCAAGCGGCGCUACGCUCUCCUCAAAGCCGCCGGCGUCAAGAAAGUGGACAAGGAGGAGAAGAGACAGCUGCAUGAGCUCAGAAUCUCCAGGGAACGUUGCGGAUGUGACUGUCGGGGGUUCUGCGAGCCUGAAACUUGUGCCUGCAGCCUGGCUGGCAUCAAGUGCCAGAUGGACCAUUCGUCGUUCCCAUGUGGCUGCACGAAGGACGGCUGCGGGAACACGGAAGGCCGCAUCGAGUUCAACUCCACGCGAGUGCAAACGCAUUACAUCCACACUAUCAUGAAGCUAGAGCUGGAGAAGCGUCUCGAGGAGCAGUCAAGCACCGAGGAAGAGGCGGCGGAUACCAGGCCGACGACCGGCGCCCCUCCGACGACUCCCGCCCGGUCCUACCCCUUCAAUUCCGAGCUGGCGUCCAAUGGGGACAACAGCUGCAGCAGUGACAUGACGGACUUGUCGGAAUCGUCGGCGCAAAGCGACGACUCUGAGGGCAACGGGAGCCCGUGCGGGCGGCGCGAAGCGCUGGACGUUGAUGAAAAAGGCCUGAGCCGCAUCCUCAGCUUCAACGACACGGAAAACGGGGACGAUAAGGACGUUCGUUCCCGGCCGGCGCCGGAAACAUUCGGCAGUUUCAGCAUGGCGGACUUCGCAGACGAGAACGACAAUGUCGACACGGCGCAGUUGGACAAUCGGGCCGUCUCAGAACUUUUAGACGAGAACGCCAACCAGGGCAACGGGCUGUUUCACAGCGGCAGCGUCCCGCACACGCCCUCGCCAACCGUCGACCGCUCGGCGAGCUACAACAUGGACCUCAGCCUCUCGUCCGAGUCGGACCUUGAGUUCUUCGACGGCUUUCCCUGCCUGGGGCCAAGCUCGCUCUACAACUCUCUCAAGGAGUACGAGCACAUGGACAACUUUUUCCACUUCCAGCUGCCGAGCUACCCUAGCUUGCCGGCGUCGGGGGACCCGGGCACUUGCCUCUUGGAAUCUCUCAUCGGACUUUCCGAAUCGGUCCCCGAACCGCCUCCCGCUUUUACGGACAAUCAAAUGUUGGAGGAAGCCAUGAAGUUGUCUGUCAUGGAGUCGGUAAAAGUUUGA